AUGACAACACGCCAAGCCCUGAUUUUCCCUGACAACCGAACCCCGAUUCGGAAGGAUAACAAAACACCUAAUCGACAGGAAUCAUUCGACGACACCCCUCCAGCAGAAAAAGGCGAACAACGACACCUUCAACCUUCAGAAAGCGAGCAGCGGCCUGCGCCUAAUAUCAUCGCAUAUUUUGAACGGCUGAACGAGCUAUAUACCAUAUACCCACACUUUUCACGACUUUGCACAUAUCGAUCGAACUCCGAACAGCCAGGCAUUUGCGAGUUGAACAAAUUCAACAGGGUCACGCGAAGUACCUUUAAAGCAACUCAAUUUCGGGGCUUGCCGCGGGCCUAA